AUGGGGGAAGGCAAGUCUGCGGUGGUGGCGCCGCUUCUGGGCUUGCUCUUGGCAUCGGAAGGCUUGGUUCUACAAGUUGUGCCGGAUCCGCUGUUGUCCCAAAGCCUUGCGAUGACUCGCGCGCUCUUCGGGCAGGCUUUCUUUCGGCCUGUCUACCACAUCGGCUUUGACAGAUCUGAUGCCAACAGCACGGCAGCUUUUGCCUUGCUUCGGAAGGUGGCGAGGGCUGUCAAAGAACAUGCUGCUGUCUGUUCCACUGCAUCUUCCAUUAAAAGCUGCGUCUUGGCAUUUGUGGAAGCGGAGAUGAAGCUAGCCAGGCCGCGGCCCAGGGAAAAAACUGGCAUGAUCACAACAGUUCUGGAUUCGUGCAAACCUGAUCAGGAAAUUCAGCUUUUGCCAGAGGUCCGCACGUCACAUAGUAGAAACUGGAAAGGAUCUCACCAAACCUGCCACAAACUCACUGCUCAAAACAAUCAGCACACCGGCAGCUCGCCUGACAGGCUCAAGGCAGCAGUCUCCACCUCCUCGAAGCGAACGACAGAGCAGUGA